AUGCGCAGCCUACUACUACUAACCCUUCUCCCACAACUCAUCUCCUGCAAAGUCGAAGUCUCGCAAACGUUCAUCAGCUCUGAACGAGUCUCCAUGCGAUUCGAGAUUGUCACCAACGAUGGCAACUCAACCAGAAACUUCAAUCUCUUCCCGGGCGCCUCGAGAACCAGCAUGAUCCAUCAGAACGUCUUCGACACUGCCUUCAACUACUCGAUCCAGCUCUUCCAGCCCUUCACCAAACAACCACUGUCAGAUCGUAUCUAUCGUCAGGUCCACUUCACCAGCAUCAAUCAGCCAUGGUUCAACGACACCUUUACCACCGGGGCGGGAAUCGUUUUGAGCAUCUCUACAAAGAUCGGAUGCUCUCCAAACUAUCAUGGUAGUCAGUGCGAGGCAUUCUGUGAUGCACACUUGGCGAAGGCUGCCAGGAAGAGAUGUGAUGUCAUGGGACGGCUUCGAUGUGAUAUUGGAUGGAUGGGACCACACUGUGGGCAAGCCGUGGACCCUCGCAAAUGCUCCUGCCAAAACGAUGGCGUCUGCGCCUCCUCGCUGAUCCACAACCCGGGGCUCAAAGCCAACUCAACCGAGCAACUGAUCUGCGAGUGCGCCAACGGAUACACCGGCUCCAGGUGCGAAAUUCCCGGCUUCACACAAUUCCAGUUCACUGCACCACGACCAGAUGCUUGUAGUGUGAAAGACGCGUGUCUGAAUGGUGCUCAAUGCUUCCCAAACGGUCCCAAAGUCUUCUGCGCCUGCUCUGUCGGCUUCAUCGGAGAAUUCUGCGAGAUCUCCCUCACCACCACCUCCACCCCAUCCAUAGAAAUCACCGCGACCACAUCUGACUACUCUAUAACCAUAUACUCCAUCGUUGGCAUCUUCAUCGGAGUCUGUAUCAUCAUUGGAUGUUGUAAAUACACGUGGACCGCCAGAAGAGAGCACGCGUUGGCGCGAGGACUUGUCCCAGAACCAUAUCCGAUGCCAGAGGCUAAAUCCAUGUUGUUGGUGGAUCCCAAGAAGGUGUUCACUAUUGAAGACAGUGUCAAGAAGGUUGAUGAGGAGGAGAUUCGAUACACCAGCGCUCCAAGGAACAACGAGUAUGCUGUCAUCCAGAAGCAACCACCACCAGUACCAUCCGUUCCAGUACCAUCAGUUCCAGUCACCUAUUCUGCCUAUGUUUGA